CCCUUCUUUGGACCCAUGGCUGCCCAACCGCCGGUUGACCUCUUUCUCUGCAGGCAAGCCGUCAAAUGUUGUUUCACUUGAAAACGUUGAAAAAUCCACGUUUGUGAAACAACACUGCACAGGUGAAGAUAAGACAGGAUGGAGAAAAUAAACGAACGCAAGUUUUCCCUGGCGUCCCAUGGUUCCUCAGUUCUCGCCGGAUUUAGGGAACUUUACCAGACUGAGCUGCUGAGUGACGUGUGUUUGGUCGCAGAAAAAAGGGAAUUCAGAUCACACAAGACUCUCCUGGCCGCAUGCUGCCCCUACUUCAGGUCAAUGUUUUCAAUCGACUUGAGAGAAAAAGAGGAGACGACGGUUGAGAUGCACGGCACGACCGCUAGAGGGCUCUCUGCCAUAUUGGAUUUUCUGUACAGCGGAGAUCUCACGUUAAACGACGAGAAUAAGGAAGACGUGUUGGCGACUGCUUGUUAUCUCCAGGUAGACGCAGUGAUUGACAUGUGCUGCUCUUAUCUAAGAGAGAACAUCCACAUGAACAACUGCAUCGGGAUUUGGAACUUGGCCUGCGCGCUCAACCUGCACGAAUUGAAGGAUUUCGCGGAGAACCACGUGACCAACAACCUGAUCGAAGCUUCGCAAUCAGACGACUUUUUGGAACUGUCCUGCGAUCAGCUCAUUGUGUUGCUGUCGAACGACUGGGUUAAAGCAACCGAUCGAGAGCUGUGCGAGAUGUCAGACAAAUGGGUUGCGAGAGAUCCCAAGAGAAGCGAGUACCUCGACGAAAUAUCCAGCAUCCUGAAUAUCGACAGUAUCCCGGCAGAGGACAACUUUGGUAUCCCAGCGACCAGACCAUUAGGAGGCGAACACGUUGCUAGGCGACACGAUUCAGCGGAAACUGCCCGAGAAUCCACGAUCUGCCGAGCGUCAAGGGAAGUGGUUCUGGCGGUGGGAGGGAGACUAAUGUAUAACGAGCGGCCCGCAGUCCAGAGGACUUGCGUCAGCUUCUGUGACGUCAGGUCGCCUGACGGAGACAAGCCGUGGUACGAGAUGACACAGAUUCCCAUCCGGAGGAGGAACUACUGCGCAGCCGUGCUGGACGAUGAGAUUUACGUAGUCGGGGGAAGGGAGUGGGACAAGGAGGCGCGCGGAUACGACCGGUGGUCCGCCGCCGCCUUCUGCUACAACCUGAGGACAGCGAAAUGGCGGGAAGUCUCCAGCUUGUCGACAAAAAGGAGCUGCUUCUCUAUGGACGCCAUCGAAGGGAACCUUUUCGCGGUUGGAGGGGACGAGGAUCACGAGGACACUAGCAUCCUGUCCUCAGUGGAGCGGUUUGAUCCCAUACAAAACCUGUGGUGGCCCUGCUCGGAAAUUCCCGACGGUCGGCGGUGCCAAGCCUCCUGCGUGUACAACAACCGACUGUACGUGUCGGGCGGGUGGAUCAAACGCACGGAGGCAGCCUUCUCUCUGACCCUGAACGUGAACAUGUCCUGCAUCCCUACCAUGUCCGCGACAGUCUACUGCUACGACCCUCUCACGGACAUGUGGUCGGAGAGGAGCGCCAUGCACGUGGCAAGGUUCUCCCACGCCAUGGAGGUGUACAGCGGAAGGAUCUUCGCCAUAGGAGGUUACACGUCCCUGUCGCGGACCCAUAACGAGCCGUUAGACGUGGUGGAGUGCUACAGUCCCGAGCGGGACCAGUGGAGCUUCAUAGAGCCGCUCAGAGUACCGGCCGGGCUGUGCAGCGCCGUGGUCGUGGAGGGCUACAUGACGGUUCUCGGGGGUGACCAGAGCACAUUUUCCGGUGAGAUGAACUACGUCAGCAAGGUUCAAGUGUACGACGAGUCAGCCCGUGAGUGGACGGUCAGUAACACCCUGCGGUACCCCGGGCCCGUACCUGCCUACAAGAUGAUGGUCCCCGGCUCUUUCAUAGAACCGUUCAGGACGGAGAAACGUCUAGCCGACCAAGUCGGGCCCAUAGGAGGAGCCAGUCGGACGUUUUGACGACAGACUUUUCCUAAGUUCAUUGAUACAAAAUAACUGCAGAUGUUUGCUUCUUGAUUUUCUAUCCCCAACAUCUGCUCGGACGUUGACCUUUGACAAGAACAUUGCUGUGCAACACGCCAUGCCAAAUAUUUUACGCCUACUGAACAUCUAACAACAUCAAGAGUAGAUAAAUGUGAUGUGUUGGUGCUAGAGGAUAAACUUGUGGAUGGAAAUUCAUUCAAUACAAAACUAUGCAACCAAAUUUGUGCAAUGCAACAUUGUUAGUAUACCCUUAGCUCAAAGCCUCUAUCGAGAGCAGGCAUUAAAGGUCAUCAUCAUUAAACCAUUCUUGAUGAAGA